UAGUCCCCGGGGCUCCUGCUGCUGUACGUUAGUUAAUUAAUUAAUUUGUUAGUGUUCUGAAGGUCCUGCCAGGGCUCGGGUAGCAGUAACCGUAGAAGUGCGGGCAAUUACGGCGGGGUUUCUUUAGCGCUUGUGGAUCGCACCUGUCGCUUGAGUUACACCUCAUGAGUGCCCCGGGCUGUGGCGCGCCUGGCCAGGCCACCCCGGCUGCCGGGGGCUUCGUGCGCCCCGCUUAAUUCAGAAGAUUCCAGACCCAUCAUUUGUGUCCCUCAGAUUACUCUGCCUGCAGUGACAUUUAGAGGCUGGGUGGGAGCAAGCGCCAGGAAACGCAGCGCGGCUCAGGCGACAGCAGAAUCCUUCAGCCAAAUUAUGCUGUUUUAAUGCUUUGUCCCUUGCACACAGAUAUUUACCCACUUUUUUAAAUAAUCCAAGAAACUGGAUUCUUCCCCAAAUUUUCUUCACAUGAGGUUGCAGUAAGAAACUUGAUGUCAUUUAAGCAGGACAAUUAAACCCCUGAGGAAAUAUUAGACAGGUCGUAGAGAUAGGAUUACUUGCUACAAAGAAGCAUCACCGCACUACAAUGUAAUGAAGCUGUUGCUUGCAACCAUUUCAGGAUGUUGUUGCAGCAAAAUAUAUUUUUUGCCUUAAUUUUUAACCAUACAGAUUAAUUGCUGGACCUUCAAAAUACAAAGAGAAGUAUUUUGAAAUGCCUGGUAUUUGGCUGUGGAUUUUGGAGCAUGGUGAAAAAUGGGAAAUACGUCUGACUGCUGCAGAGAGGCCUUGGAGAUGAUCCCUUGAAAGCCCUAGGAUGCCUGGCUGCUUUAAAAAGACGUUAUUUGCUUUGGCUUCUCUAAUAAGUUUUGUGUCUUUUAUCUUGAUUGUUGUUGCAAUGGGGAUCCCAAAGUGGAUGACUGGAAAGAUCCUUUGCAAAACAGGGGCUGAUUUGGUUAAUGCCACAGAUCCAGAGCUGGUCAAGUUCAUUGGAGAAAUUUACUACGGACUCUUUCAGGGCGGCAAAAUACGCCAAUGUGGUUUGGGCGGGCGGCGUUCCAAAUUCACAAUUUUCCCACACAUGGUGAAAAAGUUGAAUACAGGCCUGCAUGUGAUGAUCAUAAUAUUCCUCUGUGUGGCCAUUUUCUUUUCUCUGAUCAGUUUUGGAUUCUGCAUUCUUAACGCAAUAAAAGUUCCUUACCGGGCUAUUAACGGUCCAGCAGGAGCAUGCCUUUGGAACUUCCUUGCAGGUGGAUUUGUAGUACUUGCAGUCACCAGCUUCAUGGCUGCUGUGAAACUUCAUCACCUCACAGAAAGAAUUGCCAAUUUUCGGGAAAAUGUCUUUCGGUUCAUUGUCUUAGAAGAACGCUUUGAAGACUGUUUUUGGAUUUGUGUGGCAAGUGCCACAGCACAUGCAGUGAAUUUGCUGCUAAUAGUCAUUAGUGGAAUUCAUUUCCCUAAAAUUAAGACUAAAACAGAAGAAGUGAAUGUUACAGCAGAAGAUAUCAUGUACUAACAAAUCUACACAAAACUAUUUUAGUCAAGUAAACUGUUGUGACAGGAACAGCUUCUUGGCUCUUCAGCCUUUGUUUUGGAUACAUGAUUUACGUACAAACCUAAGUAAACAUGAGUAAACAUACAAUACUAGCAACUAACAUAUCUGUGAAAAAAAAAAUACUCAAAUGCUAUAAAAUCAUUAUUCUCAAAACAGACUGAUAUCUGCAGUGAGUAUAUGCUGUUUCAGUUUUUAGAAAAUUUGCACUUUGGGGUAUUUUAGAAAGGUAAAAUAUUUCAUCAAACCUAAUAUUUUCUAUAUUUAGAAAGACAACAUGUUUAUCACAAAUCUUUGAAACUGUAAGGUUAUUUCAAAACAGAAAGAAUGUAUGUUUAGCAUUUACUUUCACAGAAUUAUCUAGAGCAUAUUAAAAAGGACAUAUAUAUUUGAUGAUGUUAUGCAGCAUUGAAAAGGAGAACAUAAUCUGUGAGGCUAAAGUUAAGGGACAUCAAAGGCUAAGUGUGUGCAUGUGAAAUGUUUUUAAAACAGAAAUUAUCCAAUACCACAAGACAAAGAAGUGAAAAAUGUAAAUUAUAUGGGAUGCUAUUAAUUUAUGAAGAAAAAAUUAUUAGCUGCUGGAUGAAUGCUUUAUGACAGCUUCUGGAAGUAAACAGAUUAAGGGUAAUAGUGCUUUUAGAUAACCUGGAAGAUAUUAAUCUGACAGAUUAAUUUUCUUCAUUGCUGUGUUAAUUGUUAAGUCUAUCUGAAAUCAAGUAAAAGUGAUAUAUGAUGAAACAGUAUUGAAAUUAAUAGAACUGGUAAAAUGGAUGGAAAAAUUACUUUCUUAGGAAGUACCAGAAUUUUAACAAGGAUUUGACCAGUUCAUGGGUCCUGUAGAGUGAAUAUUUUUGAGAAAAGGAUAUAGAAUAUACCAUUAAGAAUGGAUACAUUCUCUGUACCUAUCUCUGCGUUUGGCUCUACAAGGUUAAGAUUAUGAGUGAAGCAGAAAUUUGUGAGAGUGCCUCUGCUAUAAGCCCUACUAACCUGUCUUCUUCAAGACACCAUGAGCCACUUUUUUUUUCAUGAGCACUAAAAUUAUUUUUAAAAAUUUAAGCGAUAGAUGGAAAAUGAUGAUGAGUCUAGAGAACUGUUGCAAUUUUAGCAUAAAGGAGACUGAAUAAAGCAGAAAAAGUUCCUAUUUUAUACCACCCUGUUGCUUCACUGUUCUUCUAAAUGUACUGGUGCUUUCACUCAGACUGUACCCUGGGCCACAAGUCCCAAAAGAUGGUGCAAUACAUGGAUAUUCUCCAGACAGAUGGUGCAGUACCUGGAUAGGCAGCAAACAAACCCAGGCUACAAAGGUGUCUUAGAUGGUAGCAACACAGUACUGUCCUGAAAACUGUCCACAGGGCCCUCUGUGGUACCACCACCUUCUCCUCACAGAAAAUUCUGAGUGGCUUUGAGAUAGAAAAACAUGAAGUGCAGCAUAAUUACACAAGUAGAAAAUGUAAUGCUUGUCAUUUGUAAUUGUUCUAUGAACAUGUAUAGUUUAGAGUUACUGUACAGAAAGAAUUAUAUUGUGUCAUGUAACUCAGCUUUUACUAAAUAUAAUUCUCUUCAGGAGGUGAGAAGGAUGCAAAUUCUUAAAUCCUCCAUAUUGAGUGAUUGCUGUGAAAAUUCUUUUCAGUAGUAUUAAUAUGCAUGUAUUGCAACACAUUUUCAUACUGAUAAUGAACUGCUUGAUGGCCCCCAAAUUUUGAACCCCUCCAAAAAUAUCACUGAAUAAGAAUUCAUGUGACUAUUUAGGUAAGAACAAGAUUAAAGAUUUGUUGGAGCGGAUUCCUAGGUAUGUCACAGUAGCUCUGAAAGAACCUGUAGAAUGCACUGUAUACAUGAAGUUAAGGGGGAUAACUGGGCUGAUAAGCAUUGUUAUUUCUUGGUUUGAAUCAAUUCAAGAAUGGAGCAUACACUGCAGUAAAGAUCCAAGAGAAGAUUUCUCUUACAACAGACCUAUGAAGCAUCAUUGUGGGAUGCUGUAGCUGCACAAGUUGAAUGACUAAAUAAUAUUAUCACCCAAUGAUUGUGUUGUGAGCUGUGAGAAAAUAGUAUUUUCAGUUCAGAGUGAACAGAAGUAUGCAUGAACUAAACUUCAUGAGACAGAUGUAAGGCUAAAUUAAACUUUCAGUUGCACAGGUUGUCUGAGUUUAAGCACUGCUAAGAUACAUGGAUAGGUCAAUGCAUGGAAUAUUUGCCCUGGGAAAUUCUGUCUGGAUAAAAAAAUAUUAAAUGUAGGCAUACAUAUUUGAAAUGUACAAUUACAAAAGCCACCCUGGGGUUAACAAUAGCUAAGUUUAUCACUUAGACCUGUUCAGCUUUCCCUUGUAUCUCAUAAACUAAUUUCAAAAAUGUGCCACUUGAUAUAUGUGGUCUACCUUAUUUAUACAUUUUUAUUACGCUUCACAUAAUGUAUCUGAUCAUAUGCAUGCUCAACAUGUAGAAAUGAACACUUCGCUGGGGGCACUUCUUACCUUGGAAGACUUGAAAUCCCAGAUGAGAAUAUUUACAAGUAAUACCUACCCAGAAUUUCGAAGACAUUAUAGGUCCAAUCCCAUCUUUCCAUAAAAUUAAAGACAGCUUCAUAAAUACCAAAAAUACCCACUUAAUUUCUAGGUACAGAAUAAUAUAUAUAAGCAACAUGAAUGUGGAGAAGCUAUGGAGCUAUAGAGUUCAAAGAACUAAAAAAACUGUUUGUUGUCCAAGAGCCUUGCAAAACUAAAUGAAGCUAAAAAUUAAUUACCACUUUGAUUCUUUAAAUAAUAUUAUGGUUUAAUGUUUAAAAAUAUAUUUUUACAAGAUAAAUCAAAAUGGAUGCAUUUUCCCUCAGACAUUGUUUCUGAGUGCUGCUGUCCUUAAUAAAACAUGUUAUUUGUCUCUGUACCACUUCAAGGAAAAAGCUGUGAGGUAAGAAGUGCAAUGGACUCCUAGAGAACUAAGGAAGGAGGCCCAACUCCUUCUACAUCAUGUUCUGCUCAUCUAAAAGUGUAACUCCACUUAAAGAUCUAUGGAAAAGCAAACAUUGUUAUACAUAUUGUCACAAAGUGUCUUAUUCUCACUGUAUUCAUUCUGUAUUAAAUUGAUUGUAUUAAUUCAUUCUAUAUUAAAAUGAAUUACUUAAAAUCUACGCUUUACAUUUCAAGGGCAGGGAAAGAAACAAAAAAUGUCUUGAUCACCUGAAAUUAAAAUCCAGUGCAUGUUCAAUGUUCUUCAGACAGACAGUACAGUAACUGUCAGCAAACUCCAACCAGUUCUUUUCCUUGCAGUGCUUUUGCUGAGCAUUAAUCUACUUCGGAUAUUACAGUGAUGACCGUGUAUUCUGUUCUGAAUUUUCCUGACAGAAUGUAACCACAGUCAUUCUCAUUGGGUUGUUUUGUGGCUUUUUUUUCCUGCUUUUUUAUUUCUUUUUAAAUUUCAGUCUGAAAUUGUUACAGCUUUCUCGUAGAAAAUCACGUGCGUUUGCAAUAAAGUUUUAUUUUUCCUAAAUAAUUGACAUUUAAAUCUUCAAUAUGCAAAUAAAGCAUUCAGUAUGC